UAUUUUUGACCCUCCUUAUUACGAGUGGUUCCGGUUUAACAAGGAAUUUACCCAAUACCAGAACUUGGAUGAGUGUUUUGCAUACAUAGAAGAUUACAUGGUAAAGAAUGGACCUUUUGAUGGUCUUCUUGGUUUCUCCCAGGGCGCCAUUUUGUCUGCUGCCCUGCCUGGCUUACAAGAGAAGGGUGUAGCUUUGACCAAGGUUCCAAAGAUAAAAUAUCUGAUAAUCAUUGGAGGUGCAAAGUUUAGGGAGAAAUCAGUAGCAGAAAAGGCAUUUGGUUCACCAGUCACAUGCCCCUCUGUCCAUUUCAUAGGAAAGGAAGACUUCUUGAGGGAACCUGGGAUUCAACUCCUUGAAUCUUUCAUUGAUCCUUUGGUUAUUCAUCAUCCGAAAGGCCACACCAUUCCACGAUUUGACGAGAAAGGCUUGGGAGAUAUGCUUUCCUUCAUCAGUAGGAUGGAGAAGGAGAUGGUCACAGGGGAAAAAGAACAGGAAAUUGUUCCCGGUGGUUGAUUCCAUAUAAGAAAAAUUAUUAAGAUUAUUAAUGAUGGAGUAUAUUGCCAUUGGUUUCAGGCAAUCAGGCCAUUGAUUGUUUAGUUAUGGUUAUUGAUGUAUUUAUGCCAUCGCUUUCAUGCCAUUGAUUGUGUAGGGCAAGUAUUCAACAACUUUACCUGUAGAUGACAUAGCUAAAUUGUGUUCGCUUGGCCAGCAACCUGAUAGUACUUUAAAUAAGGAUUAAUUGAAUUUGUUGCGGUAACUAUGGCAUAGACACAAGUAUAAAUUG